CUUCAGCGUGUCACAAAUUCCCUCAGCUGGGGAAGCCAGGUGUGGAGGAGGCUGCAGGUCAAUGGGUGCCAAUGUUCGGGAGCCGCGUAGAGGCUUAGACCGGCUGUCUGAGGCAGAAGCUCGACGACAUCCGCUCAGCCUUGCGACUUCUGCCUGCAAGACAUGUUUGAACUGAGCACAAAUCGUCGCGAAACCUUGACCGUCAAAGCGCUGCUUGCUGCUACCGGCGCAACCUUUAACGCCAGUGUUUCUGGAUUAUCUCGAAAGUGCAAAACGCGAACGGGGCGAGUUUGCAGCGGGUGUAACUCAUUAUGCAGCCCAAGCGGAGGUCGCAAUGCUCUCGCCUUUCCUCAUUCAUAUCAUCGAACGGGCGUCGAUUGCCCAAACUCUUGUCGCGCAGUGACACGAGUCUCCCUCGCUACGAGUACCAGCUACUGUCAGGACCAGACAGCAUUCGUGUUCUCACGCUCGAUAGCUCUGUCCCUGAUCCGAUUGAGUGCACGCUUCAAGAAGUCUCUUACACUGAUCGAUGCUACCAAGCGCUAUCAUACGUUUGGGGCUCGCAAGAGAAGCCCUUCGAAGCGAUCAUUGUCAAUUCCAAGGGUGCUCGUCGGGGUCAAUACCCUUGACGACAAACCUCAAGAACGCUCUUUUAGACCUCAAGAACUGCGUCGAACUCGAAUUCAAGACGUUUCGGAUCGACCAGAUAGGCAUCAAUCAAGACGGCGAGGACAAGAGUCAACAGGUCGCAUUGAUGGGCAAGAUUUAUCGGCAUGCAACGAGGGUGAUUGUUUUACACAGGCCUGGCCUCCCUGACAGAAGUUGCAGAGAUAGGAUUGCACUUGUUCAAAUUAAUCCAGUGGAUCUAUAAGAGCUAUGUCGACUAUGUUUGUAUGCAUGUGUGGAACGACAAUGCAAUCCCUGGCCAUGAGGAGUAACCUCGCUUCCCUGAGGACACUUUCCGCAUAACAAACUACGAAGA